AGUUCAACUGAUGUAGACCUUAUUCCCAGCAUGCCUGCAACCGGCACCGUACUCCCAGAAUUCUCCGCGUCAAAGUCACGGUUGAUCAAGAUGGCUGACAGGCUUGUGCCGCUCUCGGAGAAGAGGCUGAUGGACGUUAAGCUGGGAGAGCUUCCAGCCUGGGCUGCCACUCGGGAUUUCACUCCUAAUGGAAUCCUGGCUGCUAUCCGUAGAGGGCAUGACAGGUUCCAAAACAAGUACAUCAAUGUCAGGAAGGGGGGCAUUGGUGGUGUGGCCAUGAUCCUGGCUGGUUACGUCAUCCUGAGCUAUGUCUGGGAAUACGAUCAUAUUAAGCAUGACCGCUGGAGGAAGUACCACUGAAAACUCCUCUACUGAGUUACUGUUGGCUGCUCAGGUUGAGAGGGCAUUUAUCAAAGCAGUGCUAAAAACCAUACUUUAUGUAUUGUGUACGAAGUGAACUAUGUGACCAAGAAACAAUAAAAUUGUAAUUUAA